GCCGCUUCCGGGUAGGCGCCAGGUGAGUGGAGCAGCCGGCGGCCGCGCGGGGCCGCUCCGGGUGUGGGGCUGCUCCUCAGGGCCCGGUCCCGCCCAGUGAGGCCGCGCCGGGCCCGGGGGUCGCGGGGAGGAACUCUGCACGGCGCAGCGCACUUUGAGCCUCGGAAGCGCCAGAGGGGCGGGCGGCGGCGGGGGGGCCGCUCGGGUGUACGCAGUUCGCAGCCGAAAUAAAGCCUUGUCGCUCCUUCGGGCUCCGCGGGUGCUGCCUCGGGUGGGGGCCGCAGUGCGUGGUGGCGGUGUGGGUCCCCGGCCCUCAGCCACCUCCCUCGGGAGUGCCCGGCCCGAGCGGCCCCGCUGAGGUCUACGAGCAGUUGAACCCCCAGCCAUCCCUUGGAGAUAGCAGCGUCACCAUCCUCCUUCUGGUUCCCAGCUUUUCUGUCACCACUGGAAAUGAAUGAAAUAGGAACAGUUGGGUGAGGUUUGAAGAGCCCAGUAUAAGGGCAAAGACCUUAAUGUGCAAGAAGAAGUUAGUUCUUGACUCCUGCAGGAUGUGUGAGGUAAUCUGUGAUGCUUGGGGAGCCUGUUGGUUAUUCCUGGCCAAAACUGUCAAUGUCUCCUUAAUGUCUCUGUAAAAAGUAUAGGAAGAAGAAUUGAGACAAGACCUCGUAACACUGAAGGCACUGGGGAUACUCUAGAAGUACGUAUUCUUUACUGAUGCAUGGUCACCCUGUUAUAGUGUGUCAGGAUUAUGUGUAUCUUUGCCUAGGUUGAAAUCAAAGAGAAUGCAAUCAUCAAAAUAACAAUUUAGAUGGGAAUUCAGGUUCAUUUUGUAACUUACUAUUUUUGUGACUUCAGUUAAGGAAGCUGCACAGUUUGUUAGAACUAGAUAGGCUUAGAAGGAAGGGUGUCUGGGUGGCUUGGAAGAGCCUCCUCAAAGGAAGUAGUGCUAAGAGCACAGUUUAUUGCAGUGGGAUGGGAAGGAUGGCUGUUGUUCCAGGGCUGCAGGAAGCAAGCUCAGGUACCACAGAGGAGCUGCUGGUACAGGUGCUGCUUGUGAGAACGGGGAGGAAGCUGGAUAAUGUGUUUUUCCAUCCCUUGGCUGACAGCGACUUACAGCUGGAAACAGAACUCCAUAGCCAAAGGGAGCAGGAGGGGGCAGAAGGAGCACGGAUUUAGGUUUAUAGCCCUGGCCUCUGUUCAGUCUUCAUAAAAAACAGUAAGAUUGUACUCUGAGUUCUCCGAGAGCUCCAAACUUUGUUCCACGGUCAGUAUCUAAUCAGGAAUUUAGGCAUUUUGGCAUAUGCUGUAGAACUUGGCUGCGGGAAAUCUCUUCUGCAGUAGUUACUCUCUUGUGACAGCCAUAGCUGAGGCUGCAAAAGAGAGUCCAGGGUUUUUCUUGAGUUUACCAACUGAACGAUUUUUCUCAGACUCCUCUUUGCUCAAAGGUAUAAAUCUUUUAGAAAUGCUAUCACAGAAAUCCUUUUAUCCUGUCUGCAGUGUUUACCAUGUAACUCUGUAGCCCCAUCUCUUACAUAUGCCUCCAAAAAAUUGGAAGCUACCUCAGAAGAAAUUAUUCCUUCUGGUGAACUUAAAAAGUAUUGUCCUUUACCAUAUACAGGCAUUUUAAGACUGGAAAUGAUUAUUAAAAUUAUAGUUUUCUCUCCUGCAUAACAUUGUCCACCUCUGUUCGCAUUUUGACUUCUUUAAAAAGAUACUAGUCUUUGCAUACAGGCUUUCUUUACUGUUUUUUUUUUUUUUUUUUUUUUUUUUUUUGCUUGGACUGAAGUAGUAGCUGGAAGUGAUGAGCAAUCUCAGCAGUCUCCAUUAGCUCGGUUUCCUUGCAGCUUGUUGCAUUGUUACCACUACCUUCUUCUUCUUCCCUGUUCCAGUGUUUGAUCAUAGCCUUAUUUGCAAUUUUCCAGAACUGUAAUCAAAAGGGAAUUUGCUCACAGCCCUUCCUAGGCUCAGAGCAUGCUAUGGUUGGGACACUUAAAGAAAUCUAAGUUUCACCUUCUAGCCCUUCUUUACUAAGCAUUUGCAAAUGAGGGUUUUUCUGUGCCAUCGACUCGGUCUGAGUGAGGAGAUGUUAAUGAGAACAGCAAAAACACAUCCGGGUAUGGAAAACACACAUUUCAGAACUGGAGGAAAUGCUUAUGAAGGAAUUCUCCAACGCAAUUAGUUGAGCAAUUUCCAUCAAGGAAAUAUACUCCUAGAUAAAGUUUCAUGAAAUUACAAGCAGUUUCAAAUCAGAAGCACUUUGCAUUCAUAUCGUUGGAGCUCUGUAAGUCUGGUAUGUAAUCCUGUUGGACUUUUCUAGAAGUGGCAGUACGUUGAAAUCAACCAGCUUUGUGCUUUGACUGCAUUCACAGUCAAAUAUGAAGUCAGCAUUUGCCUUCAGCUGUGUGUUGAUGUAGUUUUGUUUUGUGUGGUUUGUUGUUGUUUAUUUAAAUAGGACCCAAAAGAGGCUUUGCAGUGACCAGCCCAGCAAAGCUGCAGGGCAGCAGUGCUCUGAAACCUGCUCCUCUUCUCACUGUCCAGAGUGAGGUCAGUCACUGUGUUUGGCUGAAGUGAGAGAAGACUCCUGCCUGUCUCUGAAAGGGGACUGAAUGCAGACUCCUGCUGUGCUGGAACCCCAGGAUUCAUAGAGUCAGUGGAAAGAAGUUUAUAGGGCAAAAUUCAAAUUAUCCCAAAGUGCUUCAGCUGAGUAAUCAUUUAGAAGUGCAUCUGACUUUUGACCACAGGAGCAGCCUUUGGAGACCUGGCAGGCUGUGUUCAGCCAGGUGAGACAGAUCCCACAGCCUAUACCUCACAGAAAUGCUAGGAAAGUGGGGGAGGAAACAACAUAACAUGCCCUGCCAAAAUGGGAGCCUGACUGCAACCAAAUAGAGAUGUUCCUGUUCAGAUGUUGCUAUGGAGUACUCAGUUGUGAAACUGCUUGCAGGAACAAGGUUCUUGAGCCUGCUUCACCCUUUUCUUAUUUGUUUUUGUCUUGGUUUCCAUUUCCUGUGUCAUUGUUAUAGUCCUUUACAGUGAGCUGUCUACAUUUCACUAUGGACAGGCUGAACUUUGUCUGCCAUAUGUAUGAAGACGUUUGCCAGAACCCCCCGAAGCAACAUGGUGUGCAAAGCAGUUUUCUUCUGCUGUCUCCUAUCUGUGCUUACACAAACCCCACGGGGAUGCAGUUGUACAAUCCUGUGCAGCAGGAGCUAGGCCAGAUCCCUGCUGACUCUGUUGCCCCGAGGAAGGGGUGGAAGACUAUGGAGACUACAACAGGAGGCUGAAAAUGCCGUGAUUACAAUCUGUUUCAGCUAACUAAAUAUACAUUAUCUUUUAGCCAGAAUUUUGCUAAAAUUGCUCAUAAAUACAUAUACUGGAUCCCUGAAUGGGCUCAGUGUGUUUUUUCAGCUGAAGAAGACAUCCUUUCCCAGACACCAUGAACACAUCAGUCUGGCUUGAAAGAACCGAAUAUACCAUUGUGAAAAGAGUAUUAUUAGUGGAACUGAGAUCUGUAAGAGGAUUUUGGACCCAUCAUUGCCAACAGGAGUGGAAUAUGGAGGUGUACAUUGGUGCUCACAGAACACAGUUUGUACUCACUGAUCCUCUUACUGCUUGGUAGGUGUCCAAGUGCCACUGACCCACCUGUAGGAGGAAACUGUUUCAUCCUUCUGGCAGAUAGAUUGGUUCUACUCCCUAAGACCCUGUCCUGGUUCUUUGUGUUAUCAGGAAAUGUUUGUGUUGUGCAGAAGGAUUCAUAAAAUGCAGACUUAUGGAAAAUUCAUAAAUAUUUAAAAAUGUAAAGGAAUUUUAAGAGUAAAAACAAUGAAAAUUGUGAGACUUCCUCCCUCCUUGGUCCUUGGAUGAUUUAAAUGUUGUUGCAUGUCUUCCUAAGCCUUCCAAACUGCACUGCGCCUUCUAGAGAUGCAUCCAGCUGUACCAGUGCAGAGACACCAAAUCUCCUGAAUUCUUCUGUUACUUAAUUUUACAAUUAUAACAAAAGCAUGAAGGUUGUGUGAAAUGUCUAUUUGACUUUCCUUUAUUGCUCAGUGGCAGUUUUGCAAGCAGAACUUGAAAGCUGCUCUGUUUUCUACGGUCCAGUUUUACCAGUUGGCUGAAAUGGAGAUCAGAAUCUCCCUUUCUUAGCUCUGCAUUGCUGAAGGUCAGUACAGUUUUGGAAAUAAGGGUUGUCUGGAAUUCCUGAUUCAUGCAAGCUUGGAAACGUUUGUCUUGCUGCUCAGUAUUGGUGGGUGCAGUAUGCAGUUGUUAGCACAGCUUUGUCUGCUCUUGAACUGCAGGGUAGGUUGGAAGCAGGCAGCUUAUCACAGUGUGUGCCCUGCUGCCCAGCUCCAUGGAGAGCUCUUGACCAAACAGCUGUGGGAGGUUAAAAGUAUAUCGCUCCUGAAAGUCCUUCCCAGGCAUAUAUUCUCAUUGUUCUUAUAAUUGGAAAGGAUUUAAAUGACAAUCCAUGCUGGUGGCAUAGUCGCUGCUCUCCUAUUCAUUUUGUAUUUAUUAGCUCCUUUAGGAACAGCAGCAUUAAAUUAAGAGGAAUGUGCAUCAUUAUUUCCCUCUGUACAAGAGACUGAGAGCUCCUUUUCCAUUGUUUUGGGCAGUAGGUUAAUAAUAAUGGUAAAAAGGACUUAGCAGAUUCAUUUAACUGGAGCCUUGCUCUAUAUAUCUUCUGUGUUUGCUUGAGCAGAUGACCUGGAGGUGUUCAGUGUUAGAUGUUAAAAUAAACAGCUGGCUACUGUGCUUUCCUACUGAUAGCAAAAUUUAUCCCUCUGUCUCUUUAACUACUGCAUGAAUGUAAAGGAGAGUCUGUUAGCUCUUAAAGCCUUCACCAGAACUGCUGGCAUUCAUGUCUGAGUUCUUUGGAGGUGCAGCUGUAGGUAGCAAGCCCAGUCCUCAUGACACUGCAAAGGCAGGUCUUGCUGGUGCUUCUGAGAACGAUCCAUGUUCGUGUUCUUCUUCAUCAGGAGUGGAUUAAGUUACCACAUCCAGACUGUGUGUUUAAUGUAUUGAGUUGCAUGCUUCUGUCCGGUUAUAUUUCUAGAAGUAAAAGAGCAAAACUAAAUUUAUAUAAUUUUUCUGCUGAUGUAAUUGCCAAAAGAAAACAAAUGAAGCUUCCCCGUGGUCUUAUAUUUUAAAAUGUAAUCUCUCAGCAUUCCUGAGAGCAAAACUAGCUGUUCCUCUGAAAAAGGAUCACAUUUAGAAAUCUGUAUUACUCAACGUUUAACACCAUUUUUUUUCCCUUUGUUCUUAGCUGCUUUUCAGCUGUUGUGACAACUUCCUGAGAUGGAGCUGGUUUUUGAUACUGAGAGUCCCAGCUGUUGAUCACCUUAUGUAGAUGUUCAUUAGUGAAAUAAAAGAAGUAGGAGAAGGGAGAGAUUGUGGACAAUCUCUUCUAAUACUAGACUUAUGGGACUUCACGUUAGCAGUGGAAAGGUUUAGGUCAGAAGGUUUAGACCUUCUGAUUUGUCUGAGCCGCACUGAAUGAAGAGGACUUGCCUUGGGCUGUACAUAAAAUAUACAAUAUAGUUAAUGUAUAUAAGUAACAAAACUUCUUUCUUAUAUAUAUUUUUAAUUGAAACAUAAAAAAAAUGAGGGCAACAAAAACAUAAAACCAUUGGAAUAUAUGACCUUGUUUUUGUGAAACUAAGCAUCACUGUCUGGUUUGAAGGCAGUGGUUGCAGUUCUUAAUGAGUUUUCAAGGUGCUCAUCAGAGACUUUUGAUCUAUUUGUACUCUUCCUGUGCUUCAUUCAUGAGAACAGUUGUUCAUAAAUGUACAUAUGGCCAAAAAGCAAUGUCAUGAACAAGGCUGCCUGUGGAGCGAAGGGUAUUUCUGUCUGGUAGGAGAGGACUUACGAAAGUCUGGUAAAGAGAUGUGAUCACAUUUUUCUUUGAGUUGAAUGUCUGAUUGCAACACUGCACAUUCCAUUUGUAGGUCAUGUCAACUGAAGAUGGAGUCCCAAGUAUACAAAAACUUGAUGACUUUUUGGGAAAUCUUCAAACUAUUCUCAAAUUCCUUUAUCAAAAUGGAAAGCAUGGCUGCAGGUUUUUCGCUGCUCACAGGACUGUGUUUAUCCACAGUAGUUAUGGUUUGAAAUGCAGCACAGAUAAGCUGAUUUCUACCUUGAAGACUCAAGCUGGCCCCCGCUGGCGUGGGCUGCGUGUGGCCCGUGGGCUCAGGUUGGACAUGCCUGGGUUAGGUCAAAUAGGAGUUACUUUUCCAUGCAUUAUAGAUGAGUUAUGGAAAAUUGAUGCAUAGUGGUGUGUGCUAGAGGCUUUGUGAAACUAAAACAACUGAAGAGAUUAGUAGGAGAAAGUCCCAUAAAGGGCUUCUACAACACAGCCUCCAUCUCAAGCUCAAAUUCCUGUGGUGGAAGUCUAUGUCAACCAAGUGUCGCUUCACACCCUUCCCAGUUUAACUUCCUCUGUUUCUGCUGCUGUCCACCUCUGGGAGCAGAAUGCUGGCUAGAGGAUCUGCUCAUGUUCCAGUCUCUGAGGACAGCAUGUGCACUUCUGUCCAGUGAGUGCCUUCAAUGGCCAGCAGAUAGCCCAAGGGAUGUGUGACUCUGGGGAGCACUCAAAUAAAGAGAUGGCAAAACACAGAUCAGAGAUGCUCAAGAGUUAUGUGUGGGUGAGAGGAGCUCCUGUUACCCAAAGCACUGUCUAUGGUAAAUUCCUGUUAAGCUUGUGGAUAGCCUCAGGCUGAAGAGCCUCAAGCUGAAGAGCCUUGCUGCGAGCGGUGCUGAUCCAGCUGCCCUAGAAGGCUGAUGGCAGCUUGGCACAGUGAGGCCAGGGCCGCAUCUCUGCGUCCUCUCCUGCAUCUCCAGCCUGGCUGCCGAGAUAACUGACUGACUUCUGAGGAGGCUGCAUGGGAGGCUGAUGAAUUCAGCACUUAUGAGAGGGGAGGAACGUUUAAAUUGGGCAGCGUGGUUGUUUGCCAUGGGGUAGUCCCUUGAAUAAACUGUUUAUCUGCUAGCUAAACUCCCGUUUGUUUGGGUGUUGUGACCAACUCCCGCCAGUCAGCUGGUGAAAGGAAAGCUUUGGCAUUUGUUUUAACCUGCAGCAGCAUCUGAAACAGCUGCUCCGAUGUGGAAGUGCGGAUGGUAGGUACACAGCAGGCCUGUGACCUUCGGUGCCGGUACGUGCUCACAUUGUUUCUGUGCUCCUUACAGUUUGGGAAUCUUAUGUAGGAAAAAGCUGCUGGCAUUUCUGCUGCGCUUCAGGGAACUGGAGUGAACUGGAAAGGACGCGGCAAAGACAGAAAAGCACUUGGGCCAACCAGCCAUUUUCAGUGUUUCCAUUGCUACCAUCUGUCCUUGGAAGAGAGUCGCUUCUCCUCCAUGUGUGUCUUCAAAUGUUCUGUUCCUCUCGGGGUUUUUUUUCUUUUUUCUUUUUUUCCUUUUAAUCAAGUUCAGACCUCUUGUUUUCCCCAAAAGCUUUAUUCUGUGUGUCAAUUUUCUGCUCCUCAGUAUCCCCAGUGAAUUCUGCCUUACAAAAUCUGUGGACGUAAAUUGACCCAUCAUUAAUACAAAAAUAAAAUAACAAUGAAGGGACACUCCCAGAUCCCUUUUGGUCUUUGGUGUGGUCUGUCUCAAGACCAUAUCCCUGCUAGUGAGGGACUUGGGGCCUGUAUGGGGCAGCGCUUAAUGGCAACACCACAGAUCCAGUGGUGAGGUCAUGGUCUUCUCUUCACAGAAAUCGGAUCUGGAAAUUGUCUUAGCAACACGUUUAAUCCAUUUCCUUGCCAUUGUCUGAUUCUUUCCUGCAGUACAUUUGUUGGUGGUAUGCCCAGUCUCUCAUAAAAUACCCACGCAAAAGCGCUUCCACCGAUUCCCUUAGGAAUAAUUCCCUGUAUUGAUUCUCACUCUUGAAGAUUUUUUUCCCAGCCACGGAGCCUACCUUUUGCUCUUGCUUCAUUUCGCUGUGGCCUUGCCUGCCUCUUGGAGCACUCCUUGGUGUUACACAUCAGUUCUUCCACUGCUGAGCCUCGUGCUGUUCAAUGAGCCCUCCCAGUGCUGUGGCUGAUCCAGUGCCCUUCAACCUCGGCUCCUAACGUGCACCCAAGGGCUUCCUGGUCCCUGGCACAUCUGCUGCAAGUACCCUGUGCUCAGUGCUUCCCUGAUAAGAAGACACCAAGAUCUCAGAAGAUGCAUCAUCACAUAGAACAGCUCACCCCAGCAGGCAGUUAAGAUCUUCUCAAGCAGUUCCUCGUGCAGAUCAGAGCAGGCAUUUCUAUGUCUGUAUUGCUGUCUUCUGGGAAGUGCCACGCAUGCCUUUACGCACUGAGCCAUUCUUGCUUAUUCUUCUCCAUUUAUUUUUGUGCAUUUUUCCAACGUACAUUUAGUUUACAUUUCUUUUUUUCCCCUCCAGCUUCCGUUAUUUUUCUUUUGUAAGCCUGAGGUUACACAAGGUUCUUCAGUUUUAUUGACUUCUGCCAAAACAUUUGAAUAAGGAUAAUGUGCACAGUUUUUUAACAUACUUACCAGUUGUUCGGAAUUAUGUAAGAAAAGUGGAGCCAAAAUACAGCAUCUUCCCAAAGGCAUCUCAAUAAAUGAUGGCUGUGAGCUUUUCUGUAAUGUUGUUGGACGUCUUACCUGAAUUUUGUAUGUUCAUGAAAAAGGAAAUUUAAUCCUUCCAGUUAGUCUGGCAAGGUUUGUUUUGCAUGAACCUGUCUGUGGUUCUGUCAUCGUUUUAGUAAACAAAUCCUAAAUGUAUUUAACUCAGUGGCAAACCACAGAAUCAAGCUAUUGGUAUACUGCUAUGUCUUAUUGAAGAUUACAUAGCUAAAUCGUCUUUGCUUUCCCUGUUGUUCAUUUUACUAGAACGUUUUAUUUCUGCUACAUAAGAUGCACCUUUCUUAAUGAGCGACAACAGUUGAGAUUAUCUGCACGAGCUGUGUGGCACACAGGAAUUAAAUGUUGCUAUUUUGCAAAGCAAGACUUUAGCUGUUGUAAAAGGUCCUGAAAGAGCAGUGGGUGACCAAGGCAGUUUGGUCUGUGAGAGCCCUGGGGUGGUGUGUGGUGAGAUGCUCACCACCUGAGAGCUCUUGCUCAGCAGUUGCACUCUGUAAGGGGGGGGUGCGGGUACGUGUGCUCGUGGGGGAACAAGGUUUGUCCCUGUUCACUUCUGGGAACCUCCAAGCCUGUGCUGAUGCACAGGAAAGCUGCCCCCGGCUUGUUCUCACUGGGUUUGCACUCACAGGAGAGCUAAUGCAUGAUUGCUUGGCGAAAAUGCUUUUUCUUUAGAAGGAAAUACAAAGCCUAUGUCAUGUAAGUGACUUUGAAGUUCCCAGUUUGAAAAGAGUGAUGCAACAGUCCUUACUGUUUCUGUGCCAGACUGUCAGAGCCCUCAGCAGCCAGCGAGGCCCAUUGUUCUCCAUGUGCUGCUGGCACCCAGCGCUGCGGCAGAUGGGGCGCAGCAGUGUGCCCUGCGCCCACAGUGCUGGGGAGGGAGGGGGAGCGGCUGCUCCCACCUGGCAGGGGGGACUGGAAGAUCUCUGCCACAUUCCUGAAUGGAGCCAGCUACAAAAGUGACUGCAGGUUUCAAUAGCACCAUCGUUGAAUAUUACUUUAAAACAGGAACUGCUCUUUUUUCUUUUUUUUUUUUUUUUUUGCCUUUCACAUACCCUCUCUUUCUUAAAACAGCAAUACCACCUUCUGUUCAUUCCUACUGCAAGGGAGAAGUUGUGUUGAAACUUUGUAAGCACUGUCCGUACAGUUUUGAAGCCCUCUCUUUGGUUGCAAGGUAAUACUAUUUCCUGCACAGCUGGGACGAUGCCUUGCACGUGUAGGAUGCGUCCCAUUUCUUAUAUGAUUCUCCUGUCAAACAAGGGAAAGUUGACACGUGCACAGCAGUAACCUUCUGAGCUGAAGCUUGUAUUAUUACCCCCAAAUUUACAUGCAAAUUGUGAAAGCUGGUGAGAGUAAACAGUGUGACGUAGGGUUAACAGCUGAAGCUCUGAUCGCGUUUCUGUAACACUUCAAAGUUCCUGCAGUGCUCCUAAGCAUGUUUUUGUGAGUAUUUUGCUAAAAGUAUCCAUUUUUUACUCACUGGUCACAGUGAUAAUCUAAUAAUGAUAUUUUUGGAAAGACAUUAUAUGUGCAAUUAUUCCCAAGUCUGGAAAUUGUUUUAGGAGUGAUCUUGGGGUGAAAUCCUUAAAGAAAAAAAAAAAAAGCCAAUUGCAUGCAGUAUUCUUAGAGGCCAGAAAAAUGAGCUGGUACAGUUUUUAGUAACUGUCUGUGAAUGAGAUCCAGAAAAGUCCGUUCCUGGCUGGGCCGUUUGUUUUAACCGAAGGAUUUCCAAAGAAUGCUCUGGGAAGUCAUUUCAGGAUAUGUGAAGCAUCACAGCCUGGAAAGGGUGUCCAUGUAUGUGGUUUUAGCAAGGGCAAAAAGCCUGGCUUCCCUGAGCUUGUGUAGAAUAGAACAUAAUGUUCUCUUUAGAGGAAGGCCACUUGGAGAACAGCUGCCUCCCAGUGCUGCAGUGCCUGGUGAGCAUGCUGCCGUGCAUCUGGAAAGGGAUGGAACUUCUUGAAAGUGGAGCUGUGGUCUGAAUGCAUUCACCUCAGCGUGCGCAGCCGUGUGCUUGCAGUCGGGGUAAAAAGACUGCACAAAAACAACACUGUGCUGGAAGAGUAAUUUCAGACACAGAACUGUGGGGCUGGAAGGGACCUCCAGAGAUCAUCUAGUCCAGCCCCUCUGCAAAGCAGGCUCCCCAGACCAGGUGUCACAUGUUUUCCUUUCACAACCUCCUUCCUGUCGGAAUAAUGAGUAUUUGGCUUGAAUACUGAGUGGGAUGGGGGUUACUGGUGAGCAGGCACUGUCACUCAGCAGCCCUGCUAUGAGAGAUGCAUCCUUUCUCCAUCCUUUCAUCCUUUCCAUCUCAUCCUUUCUCCAUGUACAUGGCAAUAGCUGCUGUUACUGAUGAGCGUUGUGCUCUUUGAAGGUCUUAGUUGUUCACUGAGCUCAAGUCAGGUGUAAGCCUAUGAUGGAAUUGUGUGAGCAUGUGUUCACCCCUCUCCUGUGUUCUUAUGGAAGAGGGGGCAAUCUGGCAGCUCAAAGUGUAUCAGAGAACGUUUUUUUUCUGUGAUAUACCUUUAAAAAGCUUUCAAUCUUUCAACAGCUAAAUUUGCCUUUAAUCUAUGAAAGUAAAGUUGGCUGUCUGGUUUAAUUCAGGGAUUUUUUUAGGUUGCCAGUUGAUAAUUGGCUGUUUUCUCUUCUUAAUUACCAUAACAAUUCUUCCUGCAGUCAGAUUGCCUUGGCACCUUCACAUACUGCCCACAUGUCUGUGUUUAAUCCAUACAUCACUUAAUACUAAGUAUUGCACUGGUUUGCUGAGGAGAAUGAGUCCAAUGGUAGGUAACCUUGCUUCUUCUUGAAGUGGAUGUGAAAGGCUGCACAGAAACCUGCUUGUUGAGAGGAGUUGGACUCAGUGACCUUUAAGGGUCCCAUCCAGCUGAAACGGUUCCAUGAUUCUGUGAUACAAGCAUGUGUGGGACUGAAUCAUCACUGAUGAAUAAGCAGAUCUCUAACAAGCCAACACAUGAAGGGUGCACCAACAGUUUGCUGAUCUUACAUCCCUAUUUUCUGAAUAUUUUUUUCAUUAUAAAAAUAAAAGUAAUAUAUUAGUCUAGGCCAAUAGAAAACUGCUGUCUCACUCUGACUUUUCUAUUCAUUUAUAAAUGUAAAAAAUAACAAUUGAUUUCCAUGUUGGUUUCAAGGCUGAUCAAAGCAAUAACAUAACACCAUCCAUUACUACAGAAACUGCUGUCUUCCUUGAUUAUGUUUAAAAACAGCCUCCUAAGAUUUUUUGCUUGUUCUGGCAGAGAACUGUCAACUUUGUUACAUGCAACAGAAAAUAACCGCAUGCUAUUGAAUUGUUAACAAAGAAGCUAAAUUCCAUGUUAUACAUUUGUUCUGUGAGUCCUUCUUACCAAAGGAUUGAUGGAAGGACUGGUGACCUCAUCCUUUCAUUCUUUGCUGGAUUUUUACUAAGCUGGCAGGUUGUGCUGCCCUGCCAUUAUCACACAGCCCAGUAGAAGUGCAGGCAGCAGAAGAGGCCUCUUCCUCUGACUGAUGGCACGGUCAGUCUGGAAGCAGAGCUCUGCAUCCCCUUACUCACAGAUGGGCUUCUUGAGGCACGAUCCCAUGGUCUGUUCAGGCCCAAGCUUUUACAAAGCUCAGCUUGCCAAAACUUGACUUAAAACCUCCCUCUGCAUUACACAGAAUCCAGGUUGCUUAAACGCAGUGUGUUUCAUUAAAAUGAUCCCCCUGAUAAAGCUUUUUCUUUGUUCUGGUAUUGUUGGUACAAUCCAUGCAGGGUAGAGGCAUUUCACCUGUAUUAAUGAUUAUUUGAUGUUGUUAAUUCCAGUUAGCAAGGAAAGAGAACCACUGUAGCAGUGAUGCUUUUACACAUGGCAGUCCCUUGGGAGCAUGUUUGCUGCUGGCUUGCAGUUUCUGCUUUUCUUGACUUUUCUUUAAUCUUAUUAUUUUCUUUUUAUUCCUUAUCCGCUUAUUAACAUGACAUUAAAUGGGUUCUUAGUCAUGCCGUAUUUAGCAUAGUGCUCUGCUACUAUUUUGUUGGACAGAAUGGCUUUUUAGUGCAAACAUUACCUUGAAGAAUCUGAGUUAUUCUGCUUCCUUUUGGGGGCAGAUGGAAGGGAUUUCGCCCAACUAGCGAUGUGAUGCCAGCUGUACGGAGCUGCUCUGUGCUUUCGCUGACGUAACUGAAUUUAAUCAUGUGCAGCUUGCUAAAUGCUCUCAUGUGAUAAAAUACCGUGGCAAAAUUUGGCAUGGACCAUGAGAACCUCUUAUUAGGCAGAAUAAUUGCAGUUACAUUUGCUCUGAAUUACACUAGAAAUUAAUUUAACACACCAUUGCUUGCAAAACACGUAGGAUGACAAAAAUAGUCCAAACUGCCCACUUAAGGCUCCUGAAUUGUUUCUGAAAAUCGCCUUAACUCUUGUGCUGUCUUCCUCAGCACUCAGAGAAUUUAUCAGGUUAAAAGAAAAGGCCACAGAUAAUCAAAAUUAAAACACACUGCUGGGAAAUGUGUGUCUUUUUGUGUUGAAUGCAGUCACGGACUGUGUGCCUCACCGUUCAGACUGUAUGCAGAAUUAAUGCACUUUGUCACCUUGUAUUUAUUAAAUGUGUGUUUUGGGGUUUGAAAACGAAGGUGAAUGUGUGACAUUUAAGAGAGGAACAAGUAUGGUAGAACUAAAAAUCUGUUGUAGAGAGGGAGGUGAUAAACUGAGAUGGGGAGGAAGUAUUGCAAGUGCGGAGGUGUGGUAGGUUAAAUGAUCUUCAGAAGAUUGGAGAAAAGGCCUAAAAAAGAGCUGUGGUUCAGUUAUGGUAAGCAGAAGGCUCGGUGUGAAGGCGAGAAUUACCAUGAGUUCAGACUGGGAGGCAGAUGGCAGUGCAGCAGCUGUGUGAACUCCUUGGACUCGGGUCCACACAGUGCUCUGCUGCAGCUCUCAGUGCGCUGCAUGCAGGGAGCAGCCCCGUGCGGUUAUCUUUAAGAGAUGAAAUAACAUUGCUGUACCACUGAGCCACAGUAAGGCCUCUGACUGGAGGACAGGGCCCAAGCUGGGAUGUUGCAUUUGAGGAAAACUGGGGGCUACUAAUUAGAGAGAAGAGCUGAAUGAGUAGGUCCAUAAACUGAGGUUUGAGACAAGGUGGGAGGUGAGUUAUUCACUUUGGAAAGGGAGGAUAUAACACUUGUUAGCAACCCGAAAGCUGAAGAGCGGUAAGCUGUUUAUCCUGUAUGUUUUGAACAGAAAUAAUGGAAGACUGGAAUUCAGUUCCUUGUGAGUUGUCAAGUCUCCAAUUUGGAAAGGUUUUAAGAGUGGAUUGUUGAAAAUGGAGUAACCACAGUUGAUUCUGCCUUAAAGCCUAAGGGCUAGACUGGAUGAGCUCGUAAGGGCCAUUCCAGCUCUGUGCUCUGAUUCCCUUCUACAGCAAAACAUUUUCAUGGUGUUCAUUAUUGUCAUCACAAAUGCAGCUGAUCGAGAAUGGAUCAUUGCAGCAGUGUUGCCAGGCAAACUGAGUGACGUUUUGUAUACUAAGUAUGAACACACUGCAAGGAGUUUUCCGAUCCUUUCCAGCAUGCGAAGUUAAAGAAGUUAGAGUAAACAACAAUAUCUGCAUGGUUAGACAUGGAUUAAUCAGUAUUUGAGAUUGUCAGGGCUGGCAGAGGAGGGUCCUGUGCACCCAGCCAUCUGGAGGAGAAUACUGAGCUCCCUGGAGACGUCGCGUUGUGCAAUAGCUGAUGCUCAUGCCUUACCUUCAGGAGCGCUAGACAGAAAACAUGUGGAGGGUGAAAGGCAAAACAUAAACACUGAGCAGGAAAGAUGUAGUAAAGCUGGCCCAGGCACAGCGUGACCUGACUGCGGGAUCCAGACAGUGAGGAUUGCAUUGUUCAAACAGGAAAUCAGAGGAAUGUUUCCCCAGUGCCUGUCCUUCAAAGCCUGGAAGCUGAGAAGCGCUAUCAGCUAAUUGUUACGCUGCGCUGGAGCUGGGGGGAUAAUAUGGGGAAAUCUGUCCUCUCGCUGCUGUGUUGCCAUUCCCAUAGGGAGAACUGCAAAGUGCAUUCCCUCAGAGGUCCUUCACCAACAAGCAGCAAAGCUCUGUCUGCUCUCCUCUGUGUGAUAGGACCACAGAUGAAUCAUCGGCAUGGUCUCUUUAGAAGCUUGAAAGGGACAAUCAGUGGUUCAGCCCCAAGGAAAGGAGCUUUAUUUAUCUACCAGCUGGGCUGAUGAAUCUCCUCAUCAAAGCCAGAUCUGUGAUGAGGAAGUGAAUAAAUACAGCAAUAAUAGAUACCCUAAUGAAGUUGUACUUGUCACGUGAGCUGUACAAGAGAAACAGCAGCUUGCAACUGAUGCUUUUUAAAGAUUCUUAAUAACAAUAGCAUUCUGUUGAGAAAACCUCAGCAAGGCAAAACCAGCAGCACUGUUAAUCUUUGGUUUCUGUGUGGCCAAGCAGGGUCUAACAGGGGUGUUCUUCAUGAGGUAAGGGGCCUGCUUAUGGUUCCUUGUCCGAGUUGUGUGGGUUUCUGUGUCAUGUUGGUUGGGGCCCCAACUGCUCAUUUGUGCUGUAGUUCUAAAAUAUUGUUGUACCAACAUCACUAUACAUUCAUGUACGCUGAAUACACCCCAGAGAUAUGUUAUAUUCCCACUACUGCUGCCUGUGUCCACCUUUCCCCUGCUUUGCCCCCUUUCUCCAAGCCCGGGCCGUGCUGCUAUGUUUAGAUGGAGUGCUGCUGGCCCCUUGCUUCCUCCCACCAACAGAGGAGAAGUGGUGGGCGAGAGCUCUGAUCUCCACGAGCCCUCACUGUGGCAGUGGGUGAGAUCUGCACGGCGGUGGAGGAUCCACCAUUUCAGAAGGAGGUCUGCUUUACCCACUGCUGGGGGUGGAGUCCCCGCAGAGGGACUGAUGUGAUGAGUGUGCUGGAGACAUGAAUAUUUAAGGAGCCCACCUUUCAUGCCCGACGAGGUCCCUCUGGAUGGCAUCUCUUCCUUCUGUUGUAUCAGCUGCAGCACUCAGUUUGGUGCUGUCUGCAAACUGCUGAGGCUGCACUCCGUCCCGCUGUCUGUGUCAAAGAUGUUGAAGAGUACCAGUCCCAGGAUGGGGAACACCACUCAUGACCGACCUCCCCCUGGACUGAGCCAUAAGCAGAACCCACAGCCAUAAAGAUUUUUUUAAAAAUAUGAAUUAAGCUAGAAGAGUCAGAAGAUGUGUUCAAACUCGGUUACAGCAGAUUACAAUCUAUUAAUAACUUCCAAUACAUGAAAAAUCCAGUGCAUCAGAUGGCAAAUACUGUCUUUUUCUGUCUGUUUGCCUAGAAGUUGACACUGAGAGAUAUCUAUUUUCAAAAAAGGCUUUAUUACUUGUAACCAGUUUUGCUUUUGAAGAUGUGAAUAUAAAUAAUAAAUGAUCUUCCUUCCUAAUGACUUGCUUUCACUUGUUUGGCUAACAUAAACUCUGUCUUAAAAUUUCUCUUUUCUUCCUCUUGGGAAUGAGCAUAACUCCAUCAGUUAUGAAUGUAUGAAGUAUUUAAAUUCAACACCGCAGCGAUUGCUGUUGUCACAUUUUAUACCCCAGGGACCUUACAGAAUCCUUUAAUGCCAUGCUGUUAAUGGCUUUGUUUAUCCCUUUGGCCAAACCUCCAGAAUGGUGACAGUGUUCUCUCAGUGCCUUCAGGUCCCAGUGGGACCUGAUACCUGAUUAAACAGGGGAAAACUUCUUGGCAGAGAUGUCAGAGUUGACUAUUUGUCAUGAAUUUAGGAAUGAGCAUCUGGAGACAUAGGGAGAGGUUCUCCUGGAAGAGGACACCUGAAGCAAGCUUCAUGGUGAAGGAUACGGCUCCUGCUGCUUCGCCAUCGAGGGACAUGUAGAACACUGAGUGAGCCUAAAGCCAACUGGGUUUACCAGGAGAAGUGCUUGAAGAGUAACUAGAGUAACAAUUACUUUAUUUUGCAAUUGCUUAUUUGUUUAUCACAUUGAAUAAUCCUAUGUUGUUCCUAAGACUCAGCAAUCAAAUGAAUCAAAACCACAGUCUUUUGUAGCCCCCACUUACCAGAAUUAAAUAGUUGCCCAAUCCUGAGCCCUGCUAAAUGUGGCAUCGCACCUGAGAAGUCACAAACAUGGGGUUGCUUCACCAAGGACUGUGUGUGUGUGUAUGUGUGUGUGUGUAAGCAUGCACAUGCACAGUAUUCGUGACCUUUGCGAGUGACCUCCCAGGAUGCUUCAUAACGAGGAUCCAAUUGGGAGGUUUGUUUGAGUUGCCACAAGGGAUGUUGGGGCAACAUUAAUCAACAUUUCCUCUGUAUCUUUAAACCUGCAGCUAUCCUCCUCCCCUUGCAUGGCUAGAGUUUUGUCACCUCCCUUUAACCACAGCUCAGCUGAUGGUUUCAUUAUCUGAGCUGGGCACAAUGGAGAUGAGCUAUCAGGCAUUUUCUCUGUGCUGGUAAUACUGCAUCCCAUCCAGCCCGUCCAGCAGCCCCACAUGUUAAAUCUGAGGGGUCAUAAAUGAAGGUCAUAGAAUAAUGGUCUGGUUUAGAUAGGAAAGAACCUCUGGAGAUUGCCCAUGCCUCAUUUUCUCAGCACAGGACCAGCUUCAGUUACAUCAGCUUUCUUGGGGCCUUUUGCUUGCUCUGUCUGUAAGGAUGGAGAUACCAUAACCUUUCUGUGUGGCUGUUUUUGAUUACUCCUGUGAAUUCCACCCCACUUUAAUAUCUAAUUACCACUACUCUGGUUGAACUUGAGUCUGUUGCUCUCCGUCUUUCAGCUUUGCGCAAGCCUCACCUUGAGGCAUGCAGGGAAGAGAAGCAGUUGUGAUAUUUUCAGGUGGAAAAACUGAAAACUACAGAAGUGCAGCCCUGUUUAUUCCCUUCCACACUUGGACCCUCGAAUUGAUGGAAGCAGAGUAUGCAGUGAAGCCAGCAAAGUUUCAUUUGCAUCCACCACCAGCUGGAGAACUCGAGCAAUGUACCAAUGUAGUAUCAUUAUUACAUUCAGGUCUGUCAGUCACCGACACAGAUUAUGGAAACUACAGAGAACUGGAGCCUUGUUACAGGGAGGCUGCUGACAGGCUAACUGGACUCCUGGAAAGUGUGUUAUUCUCCAUUGGCAGCAUCUCUAUAUUGCUAGUGUAGUGAACCUCGUUGAGGAAGCCAAGAGCAGUAAUUACCCUGUACCUAUAGCUUUCAUUUGCACUGCAGUGAAGAAGAGGACGUAUCUGCUCCAACCACCUGUUUCUAAUUAGCUGCAUCUUGCGUGGGGUUAGUUGCUGCAACAGAACGUGUAGUCGUGCUUCUGCCUACAGGGUGCCUCGCUGUUGCUGCUGAGGAAGAUGGAGUCUCUUCUUCAGACAAGCUGUGUUUUAAGGAGAGGAGCAAUGAGGAGGCAGGCUCUAUCACGUGUUAGCAUUUCUUACCAGCUCAGAAUCGCUUCUGAGAAUAACUGCCCUACUUGGCAUGUCUUCUCAGCAUUUCUUCUAACAGAUUAGCUGUUCAGAGGGCAGAUACUGAAAGUCAAAUUUUUGGCACGCUUCCAUUUGAAGUUUUAACCCUCUGGUGUUUCUCAUGCUGGAAUUCCUUCCUUACAGCUGGAUGAAAAUUUUUUCCGACUCUUAUCCUUAAACCUGAAGCCCCUCGAUCAAAUCCUUGUCUCAGAAAUAGGCCAUUAUAUUGUUAGUAGAGAAGUCACAUUUGAUUUAAUUCAGCGAGUCUGAUAGAAGAAGAAAGGAGCAGAAAGUUGUUUGUGCUGUAGGUUAGGGUAGAAGUUUUUCAUGUCUUGGGAUCAUGCAUCGAGCACUGCCAAGUGUUCUUAUUUUAUCAGGUAGUUACUGUUGUUUGUGGUGCAGUGCAGCUGAUGAAAUGCACAGCUUGGCUUCUUGUGCAAAGGGAGCCCUUCUGAGGAAGCGGGAACUCCUGCAGCAUGAGUAACUGAUUAGUACCGGAUUGCAAGGACUCGUAAAAUGAUUUGGAGUUGCUUGAAGAAGUAAGAAAUAAAAUAAGAAACUGAAAUGAAUUGCAGAUGUGCGUUGUAGAUUUUAAACUGGGAAUCCUAAAACCACUUGCCUAAGUUGAACCACAUUAAGGGCUUGAGAAACACCAGGUCCAUGGGAAUCCUGCGCCUGUUGGCACUGUGUCCAGAAGCCUCUGUUUUUCAGGCUAGACACCACAUUUUCAGCUAGAGACUAUUUGGGUUCCAAGCAGAUUUUUUUCAUUUUGUUUUAAGCUAAAUUAAAAAAAAAAAAAAAAAAAAAAAAAAAAGCAUCCAGCAGCCAGGAGAAUAUUUGGCUUUUGUUUCUGUACCAGCUGUUUUCAUUCUCGGAAACUCGUUUUAGCUCCUGGUGUGUUUCUUCAAUUUGUAGCUUAUGAACAGAUGAUGCGCUGCUGAGUGCACCCCCGGUACGGGGCGGCCUGUGGGAACCGGGAGCCGAGCAGCUCGCCAUGCGUUCCUAGAAAGAAGGAGCUCUGGGGGAAGGUCGCUACACGGGCUCCUGUGGCCGGGAAGUCGGCUCCAUCCCCACGGCUCCAUCCUACCCUGCUGCCCUGCACACCCACACCCUGCCCAGCCCCUCCGGCUGCUCAGACCGGACCCUCGGCUAUGGCCCAAGCCUCUCCUCGCAGCUCCUGGCCCACCGGUUGGCCACACUCUGGUGGCGAUGCUCCUUACCUCGGCCAUUUUCCACCUUUCCUGCCUGUUCCCCCGGCAGCCGCUUUGAUCCGCCCCAUCGCAGACCCGUGCUGAGGAGCAGCGUUACCCCCUCACCGCUGCUGCUCAUGGCCUUGGUAUUCUUUUGUUUGUUUGUUUGGCGUAAGAACGAAAAAGAAAAGGGUUGUGUUUGAGCAUAAUGUGUGUGGCCUCGGCCUCGCUCGUGGCCUUGGCCGUGUCAGCCCGCGUCCUCUCUGAGCGCACUGACAUUCCAGUUUCUGCUCUUUCAUCUCAGCCCCCUCUGCUCUCCCUGUAGUGCUGAGAUGUCAAAGCAUGCGGUGCUUUAUCGGGGCUGUGAUUUUCGGUGCAGUGAGGGUGCCUGUGUGCUCAGCUCGCUGCAGUGCAGGUCUGCCCUGGGCCGCAGUGUGUGUGAGGAGCCAGGGCAUGUGGCUGCAGGGAACUGCCCGGCUCUUCCUGCUGAAGAAUUAUUUUCUACAGACGUUACUUUUUCUGCGCGCUUAAUUUAUGGUGCGGUAUGGUGAAAACAUCACUUAGAUUUCAAAUACAAGUGGCCUAAAAUGAGGAAAUGCCAGAGUUAAGGAUGCCUGCACAACCCCAACCUACCGCACUGUGGGUGUGAAUUAUGACAGUCUUUAAUUACAUGACCACAUACUGACUUUUUUUUCCCAGAGAACUGUUGCUUUUCACAGUAUUGAGGAGGGAUGUGCUCCGGAGCACUGAGUUUAGCAAGCGCUCGUCUGCCAGGCGCCCGCAGCCGGAGGGGCAGCCAUGCAGUAUUGCAGGAAGCGCUGCAUUCCUGCAGAGCCCAGCUGCUAUUUUUAUUUCUUCCACAGAGGUCUUUUACAGAAACAGCUAUACUCAAGCUAAGGACAAUUGAGAACAAUUGUUCAGAGAAUCAGUUAAAUUUCAAUAAGGGGAGGGGAACUUAUAAACAGGAGGGAGAAUGACUUCUUACAUGGUCAGAGGGAAUGGCUUUAAACUAAAACAGGGAAGGGUGAGGUUAUAUAUUAGGAGGAAAUCGUUUCCUCAGAGGGCAGUGAUGCCCCGGCACUGCUGCCCAGAGCUGUGGGUGCCCAUCCCUGGAGGUGCCCCAGGCCAUGGAUGGGCCCUGGGCAGCCUGAGCUGGGGGGCAGCCAGCCCAUGGCAGGGUGGGGCUGGGGGCUGUGAGGGCCCUUCAACCCAACUGUGCUGAAAUCUCUGACACAGAAGGGGAUGGGAUGUGUGGAAGUAGGAGCUGUAGGAGUAGGAUGCUGUGGGGGAGUGGGAAGAGAGGUGAUGGGAGAAUCCCCUUUUAGAAGGAAAGAGCCAGGUGUGUAGUUUAUAACCUGCAGGAUAUGGUCAUCUGAGAGAGGAAUACAUUUCAGUGACGCAAAAUCUAUUCUGCUAUAUGAGGUUAUUCUCUGUCUAAAAUCUUGUAUUUUUUCCUACAAUGCUGGUUGGGUAGUUUAAUAAAAUGAGACUUAAUGAGAAACCUGGUGCUGGAACAGCUGCCCAGAGAGGCUGUGGAUGCCCUGUGGAUGCCUGGAGGUGUUUAAUGCCAGGUUGGAUGGGGCCCUGGGCAGCCUGGUCUAGUAUUAAAUGUGGAGGUUGGUGGCCCUGCAUGCAGCAGGGGGGUUGGAGCUUCAUGAUCGCUGAGGACCCUUCUAACCCAGGCCAUUCUGUAAUUCUAUGAUUCUAUGAAACCUAGAGUAAUGAAGGUAAAACGGUACCACUUAGGUGAUUAUUUUUUUAUUUUUUAAAGCAUUUAGCUUGACCACACAAGUUCCUGAGAUCUCACGGUGUGUUCCUCGCCACAGUGAAGCUGUUUUGUCUCCUACAUUUCAGUUCCCCACCUGAAAAAUAAAGAUAGCACUGCCUGAUACAUUUUGCUCCUCACCUCAUGGCUUCUAACCUCAGUACCUCUGUCUGCUUUUGUUCACCACUCUCUGUUCUGUGGGGGUUCAGCUCUCCCAGAAGAAUCCAGUGCUGGUCUCUGAGGUAGGCAAUGCUGGUUGUCUCAUGGGCUGAAAGCUCCUUGGAAUUCUUCUGUCUCACUUUUGCUAUUGCAACUAGAAUUGGAGUUUGCGUAGCGUUGUUAACUGCUGUGCCACGGUUAACUUGGGUUUUGUUAUACUGUAGUUAUGUUGUGCUUCUCUAUUGUUUAAAAUCAAAUAGGAGAACAAAAGAAGAAUGAACAGAUGCAGGCUUUGAGGAGAAGUGUCUGUUUUCAGAAUCUUUGGCAGUAGAUAUACUUUGAUAGGUUCUAAUUUACCUUCAUCCCCUUGGGCCAGCAUACUGCAGGUGUUGGGUUCAUGGCAUGCUGUGGCUGCUGUACAUAUUUUAAGAACUUGGUACAUCUAACAGAUAAAAAUGAAGGAAUGUUUUUCAAGCAUAAUGUACUUCUAAAAGAGAAAAUGCAAUUGGGUGUUCAUUUUAAGGCUCCUACAACUGUUGCAAAAACUCCAUUAGCUGCUCCAAAAACUGAUCUUCUUAGUGGUAUUUGCUUUUAAUUUCUGUUGGAUUUGGGAUGGUAAAUCACUGAGCGGGAUAAGAACAUGGAUGACUCCCAAAUACCUUUUCAGCAUGCCCGUGUCAUUCUGUUUUCCUUUGCCCCAGCAGAUCCCUGGUGAGUGAAUCCCACAGGACUGGAAGGGGGGAGGUCCUCUUGGAUGAGCAGCAGAUUGCUGUAAUCUUUUAAUUUCAAAUUCUCUUCUGUCCAAAACAUGUUCUGACUGAGGCUUGGGCAGCCUGGAAAAAAAAAAAAGAUGUGCAAUUUACUUUUAAGUUCUGUCUUACUAAGCCCAAUUAUUGUUUUAAUUAUCCAUUGUUAUUGUUUGCGACCUUCCACUAGGACUGUUCAGUGUGAGUUUAGAAAGAUUGCAUGUGAGGAGGGUGUGACUGUGAGGAAGUGUUCUUCCAGUCGGGUGGAACGACUUAUCUUUCUUGUGCUUUCUGUGGGACAUUCCUCUUCAGCCGAAUGCUGCAGGAUCACUUACUGAAUUGUUUAUCAGAGUGUUUUAUAUCUGGGAGGUUGGAUCCUACAUUCCCCUAAAAGCCUGGGGGGAAAUGCUGGGGGGAGAAAGACACUGUUAGCACCGUCUGCUUUAGCAUAUGGAAAAAGGAGGGAGAGCUUGGAGGUGAGGAACGGGGCAAACCCACACUGAGCAGAGAAGCUGCCCUCUGCAAUCCACAUCUUUAACGUUUGGAUUGUGCAAUGUAGCCAUGAGGCAGUAAGUGAAUGAGCUUCAAUGAAUAAAGUAUGGAAACGGUCCUUGUGUAAUUUGUAGCUGGUGUAUUUCUGUUUUGUGUCUUGAGGAGUUAAAUUCCCGUGUGAUGGAGUCAGGGUUUUGAUGUAACGUUGGAAAGCGAGCGCUGCCAAAUUGGAGUCCGUGGCUUUUGCAAUUGGCGGCCCUACUGCGUUAUCCAUAACAAAUGGACGGCUCAAAUGUUUCAUGUUUAUAGAACUAAUUUCCUAAUUCAAAUGCCAAUUUAAGAGCUCUGGUUUAAUGUUUCUUCUCUCGGUGACCGUAUUGCAUUGAGGGAUUGAGUUUCAGAUCAGAGCCUUCCUACAUGUUCUUACACAGUACGUUCUAAGAGUACUGUGCUAUCUGAACCGUUCUGAAUGUGAAGGAAGGCAAUGUGAAACACUUUGGUUGCACACAAAUGAUGUGGAAUGCACUGGAGAAUAGAACAUGUUAAGUCUCUGACUGAGCAGUGAGCAUAAUGCUAAUAUCUACUGGGUGCAUUCUUAAAUUUGUCUAAUGCACUGGGCUGGAUUUGCAGCUCUUUCUAUAAGGAGAGCUACAUAGAUGGGUAUUUUGAACAUUCUGUGCACCUGAGUUUGCAUUUAGUUUCUCGAUCCUAAGUACCUAUCAGUCUUUUAAACUGAGUUACAGUCUCAUGUUUUACAUCCGUGCAGUGUAUUUCAGUGAUUUGUUUGGAGCAGGAAAGAAGUGAAAUCACCAAAGGGUUGGCCCAAGAUCUCACUGCAAUUACCAGAUACACGGGUUGGAUGUGUAUGUAGCAGUGUCAAGUAAAAUACAUGAAUAUAUAUUAGAAAAAAAAAAAUGUUACCUAAUGGCGGUGAAGACUUUUGAAGCUGUAAACUACAGAAACCAGUGUAUCAUUUUAGAACAUGCACAUUUGGGAACAGGUUUGUGUUCCAGCUUCUUAAAACAGUCACCUCUUGUUUUAAUCAGUAACACUCUUGUUGAAAACACACUGAACCUCCUGGGGGGAAAACAAGUGAAUAAUGUCCCACUUUUCAUUAGGCUCUUAUUAGUUUUGCAGUUAUGAGGUAUAAAUCAAACAAGGUAAGCAAUAGCAGCAGUUCCCAAAGCAGAGGGCUGUGUGGGUUCCUGCUAAUGGCCGUCUGGCUCCUUAUGCCUUAUGUCAGUCAGAGGCUGGAAUUCGGCAGGGUACCGUGAGCUUUUCAGCCUUGUCUGGUCAGUAUAGAUAGCAGCAGGAAAAUCCUCCCGUUAGCAGACCUGUUUGAAAGUGCUUUCUGCUUUGCAUGGAUUUAAAGGGGUGGUAAAUCUGCUCAGAAGAGCGUUCUCAGGGGCUGCACUCACAGUGCAUUUGAGCACGCUUAACUUGGCCCGAAGAAGAUGCAUUUUUCAAGAACUUCUGCUGUGAUUGUGAAAAACGUUUUUAAAAAGAAGGCUUAAUUAAAACUUCUGCUCUCAGAUGUGUUUUGCAAUGCGGCAAUUUUAAUUUUAGUGAAAUAUGGACAUUGUGAAACUACAGAGAUCUGAAAAUGGGCACGAAAAGAAAGGAAACUUAAAAUGCAUUGCCUUCACACACAGCUUAUGAAAACUUAUGGUAAGCCAGACAGUGGCAAAAGCAGGGCGGAAUGGUUCAUGGCUUAGGGCUCAAAUAAAGCUGGGGGAAGCAAAGAUGGAGAGUGUGCUUCAUUCCGUGCAGUAUCUCCAGCAGCGUGGGGAAGAUCUGCAGAGUGAUAGAUGAGAUUUCUCCCCAUAGCUGGCUGUGACGCUCUGCUCCUUCCCAUCCCUCUGUUUCCUGGGAUCAGAAGAUCCCUUCCCCCAGCCAGGGGGGCUCGGGGCUGUCAGGAAAUUCUCCCCUUGCACUGAUGCUGUGCUGUGUUCUGCUUGUCAGCUGUAGGUGGAUCCUGCUGAGAAAAUACCUUUUGUUGGUGGCUUCUCGUUUAUGCACACGCAGGACCCACGCAGGCUGCAAUGAACUGGGGAAGGUUUUCAUUCCUGAGGCCUUCAGGACAAAGCUAGGCUGGUUUUCUGUUUGUGGUUGUGGCUGCUUAAGCAUGCAGCUUUUAUUAUAAAUAGAGCAGAUAGCACACAGCAGUUCAAGGGGAGGAAAAUGUCUCUAGCUGAACCGAAUCCUAUGGAAAAUCAAUUCUCUUCAGCAUUAGAACAAAAAGACUAUUGCUUUGCACUGUGUAACGCUGAGCCUGUGCAGUUUCAAGCAGAGGUACCGUCUUACAGAAACAAACUCAUGGGGCCCAAACAGAUUUCAUAGCUGAGAUUGGAGGGCGCAUGCAAGUCUGUUCAAAAUCUGUUGCAAUUUGACGUGUGCUUUGAUUUCCUGCCAGCCCGAAAAUGUAGGUCAGGAAAAACAGGUACUUGUUUCUACAACUGUGUGAUUGCUGUGGUGCAGCUUGCAGAAGCACUCUCCUUUUUUAAAAAAAGAUUUGCAUGGUUACAGAAAUCUUUACACUUAGAGAAGGAAAUUGGUGUUUCGUUGCUUUGUUUUUAUUUAUUUUUUUUCAGAAGGGCUUCAUUCUUUCCACAGUAUGUAUGUGGAAAUCUGAACGCUCUUCUGCUUGGAGAGCAGAGGAAAAGAAAGCAGAGUGCUCACCAGUGAAGAGUGCCUGACGUUUUUGGAAGCAGUGCAGGCUGCACUGAGAAGAGAAGCAUUCUGAACCUUUCCCUGCCAGAGUGCCCUGGGAUGCCCUGUGGCCUCAUUAAGCUGGCUACCCCAGGAACACUGAAGGGCACUAUUGCCAUGGGUCUGGUUUAAACUUGGCUGCAGCAAUGAGAUGAUGAGGGAGCAUGAGGGAAGGAGAAAAGAAAAAGACAAAAAAGGGAAAGAGCAGAAAAAAGAGACAUAAAGCUUUGGUUGUUUGUUACAGAUACAUAAAUUUUUGCAAUUUUACUAAGAUAACAUCAUUUUGGCUUUUGUUCUGCAUACUUGUUGGGAUGUCUCCUUUACACUUGCUGAGUUUAACUUGGAUUGAGAUGAGGAACUGAGUGUGGGUCUGUAAUAUCUCUCUUGGUGGUAGAUUAGAAAUAAAAAUAGAGCAAUUUCACAUUUUUUUUUCCUGCUAUGGUCUAGAUGAGUGCAAAGAGAAGCAGCCCUUCUGCUGUGCUGCUCUCCUGGACUUUGCUCUGCUGCGCAGAAGUCACCGGGGCACUGCCUGCGUGGGCUGCUGCACGUUCUGCAGAGCAGAUUUCUCCCAUCCGGGCUGCCCCGGAGCCGGGCUGCUUGGGACAAGAAGAGCUCCAUUCCUCUUGUGUUCCUUUGUCAGCAAAGGGUUUGAAGCAAGAGCUUGGCCCACCAACUCCGAGCUGUAGGCCAUUAAUCUCAGCAUCCUAAUUUGGUGCCAACUUUGGGAGGAUGAGUCAAGAGGGCAACUCAGGUGAUCGGCCUGCUGGCCAAGACCCGCUGCUAUUGCUGAAAACCCUCCAGCUUCUCUGGACAAAGAAAGAGAUGAAGAAGCAGCUCAAGGAAGAAAUCAGGCGGGGCUUUGCAGGGCUGGAGGACCCAUUGGCAGGACUGCUGGACAUGCUGGAGAGCAACGGUGAUUGGAAGGGGAAAGGGCAUUCCCUCGGGUAUUACAUCAGCAGUGAGCUGCAGCUUUGGAUGAAAGAGCAUCCUGCUGUUCAACAGUCUGGCAUGAAGCUGAAGAAGCUGCAGGCCCGUGUAUUCAGAAUCCUAGACCAGUGCCCAGCUAAUCUUCUUGACCCUCUGAUUAGCAUUUACCAACUCCAUACAGCAGACCGGAACUAUUUGCUUGGACACGUCAGUCAUCUUUAUCACAGGGGCGAUUACAAAGAGGCAGCCAUCCUGAGUAUUAAGCUAAAACUACAGCCAGAUCAAGAUGUGGAGAAGAUGUGUGCACCGCUACUGUUUCAAGAUAAAAUUAACCUGGUUGAAGAUUACGUGGCAGAAUAUCCUGAGCUCCAGUGUAGACUCUUAGAGAUCCUGGACACCUGGUGUGAACCUGAUUUUAAUAUCAGAGACAUGGCAAGACAGUAUCAAGGUCUGUCCAGGUACAAGCCAGAUAAACUGAACCGCAAAAUGCUAAGCAAGCUGAUCUUCAGACUCCUAGACCGAUUUAAUGUAGAUCCAGCUCUCUGCCCUAAUGUCAUAAAUCAGCGGCACUUGAGAACUCUGAAUUAUCUCUUCUACAAGAGGUUUGUGGAGAAAACCAUGACUCAGGAGAAUUGGGCAGAUCACAUUCAGAGCACAGUUGGAGAGAAUCGAUGGCUUCAGGGGCACCUGAUACAGUUGCUGCUCAGAUACUGUGAUUUGAACACAGCAGCAAGAUGGGCGCAGCGCUGCAGUUUGCCCGAGGAGGUGCUGCCUUCUGAAGUGGCUGAUGAGCUUCAAAAGCUUGAGAUCCAAGAGAGGGUAGAAGAGGCAACCAAAGAAGAGAAUUACAAAGAGGUUAAGAAGAAGGAUUAUUACCAGCUUCCUAUUCCACGUGCAAAUAUUCGCUUAUUGCAGAACUGGGAAGAGAUGAUGCAGUGCUAUGAAAAGGUGCUGAAGCCUGGGCAGAUUGUUGGCAUUGACAUGGAGUGGAGGCCUUCGUUUGGCAUGGUCGGGAAGCCCCGCGUCUCCCUCCUUCAACUCGCUGUGAGGGAUGAGGUGUUCCUGCUCGAUUUGCCACGGCUCCUUGAGCAAGCUGAAGUCAAGGGUGAGAAAGAGAAGCUUCCCCAUUUCAUCCAGAGGCUCUACUCAGAUGCAACCAUCACUAAACUAGGUUAUGGGAUGUCUGGAGACCUCAGCAGUCUCGCAGCCACAUGCUCUACUUUGAAAGGCAUGGAUAAGCAGUCACAAAGUGUAGUGGACCUACUCACAAUAGACAAACUACUGCAAAAGAGCUCCACUGACUGGAAGAAGGGCGGCCUGAAGGUCGAUGUGCUGUCCCCAGAGCAGAGCUGUGAGGACGGAGGGCUCAGGCAGCCAGAGAAAGGGCUCAGCCUCUUGGUGCAACACGUCCUGGGAAAACCACUAGAUAAAACAGAGCAGAUGUCUAACUGGGAGAAACGGCCACUGCGGGAGGAACAGAUCCUCUAUGCAGCUUCAGAUGCAUACUGCUUGCUGGAGGUCUACGAGAAACUCUGUAAGGAUCCAGAAAGCUUUGGUCUGAGUUCAGACCUGACUGAGAGUCUGGUGGGAAAACCAAGUGUAAAACCCAGGGCAAAGAAGCAGCUGAAUAAACAAGAGGUACCGUCACCUUCUGGACAGCAGUGCAAAGGAUCUGACAAAGAGACCUCAUGUCCCCCUGCUCCCAUCUCCCCGAAAGAGUUCAGCGUGGUCUGUGACAACAUGCUGCAAGGCCUUGGGCGCUAUCUCCGCUGCCUUGGUGUGGAUGUCCGGAUGCUGGAGAAUGAGGAUGACCAUAGGAAAGCUGCUGAGAUUGCCAGGCAAGAGGGAAGGGUCAUUUUAACCUCUGGACUCCCAUAUCAGACUCUGCGGUCCCACGUGGGGGAAGGAAGGUGCUUCUCCGUGAACUGCUCAGAAAAGGCGAAGGAGCAGGCGCUGCAGGUUCUGAAGCACUUCAACGUCCACGUGACGCUGGCGGACAUCUUCAGCCGCUGCCAGGUCUCCCAGCAGGUUAGGGGCCACUGCAUUGCCCAGGAACAAGUGUGCUUUCUUGGAUGCCACCAUGCAUUUACCACGCCGGACCCAUGCAGGCCCCGGGCGCAGUGCUGGAGACAAGCAGCAGGGAGCCCAGCUGGGCUGAAGGCGGUGUGUGAGCCCUCCCGGCCCAUCCUCACUUAUGGCAGCAGUGUGAUCACCUCUGCUCUGCCUCCCUGGAGAGCACCAGCGGUUUCAGGGCCUUCACAAUUUGGCCAGCAGUGGGAAGCCCAGGGCCGAGGGCUGGGAGGACGUGGCUCCUGGCCGUGCCCCCGGCUCAGCUCUGCACCUCCUCUCUGCACCAGUUCCUGCCACAUCCGCGCCAGCUGCUGGGUAAGGAUUGCAUCUCGUCUCACACAAAACUUCCCUCCCGUGAGCUGGCUUCGAGUCAUGGCUCAGAAGUGCUUCUGAACUGCAUCCAUGGGUGGUUGCUGUCCUGCAUGCUGACCUCUGCUCCCCGGACAUGAUGCUGCCAAGCUCUGUACAAGCAUGCUCUGUACAAGGUGCCUGCCUGCUGCUGCAAACCACUGGGAACGUGUGAGCCAGCAUCCCACAGCACGGCUCUGCCUGCCCACAACACACACACUUUGCACUGGAGUGAACCGAGAGCUCCUUGAAGCCAGCACAGAAAUGCAGGGGGGGCAGCCUGUGUUUAUCGUGCUUUUGCUUCCCUCCGAAUUCCUCUGAUACCUUCAGGCCAAACCUGAUGACCCAAGUCUGACUGCAGCAAUUGCAAAGAAAAGAGACUUCCUUAAAAGUGCAGCUCCACCAGUGCAGGAGAGCAGCUGAGGUGCCUCAGUGCAGGGAGAGCAGCCAGGCCACACGGAGACAUCCCACUGGGUUUAGUUCAAUUCCUGUGCCAUGCAGGAUGCACCAGCAGCUCCUUCACUGCAUCACGAGGCGGCAGCGAAGCCUCUGGAAGAGUUUUGCCCACAGCCUGUGAGAAAUGAUUCUGUGUUCUUGGCCAGGAUCUAAUAAAUGUGUGAUGCCAAACCCA